UUGACGAUAAUUUUGCAGCCUUGAUAGGCGGAACUAAAAAAACGAGAAAUUAGUCCUUACCACCUGAGCUAUUUGGUACACAAAUAAAGUUUGUUUAUUGUAUAUGAAGGAGAAUACUCUUUACGCGCAAGCCAAUCAGCGGCCUACCCGUAGAAGACAAUUUUAUCAAAAACGAAAUAAAGGCCAGCAUAUAUAAAAGUAAAAAAUAUGCUAGAUCGAGUCGGUUACAGACUGAGAAAUUUGUCAAAAAUCUUUUCUCUGUGUUUAUAUGAAAAUGAAGAUUUGUGUAUUUACGCUGCUCUUCAUGUUGGUGAUGUUUCUUGAUUCUGUUCAAUCAAUGAAUCCAUCAUCAUCCAAUGAAGAAUCAUUUACGCCACCCAGUCGAGAAUCGCAUUAUUUUCCAAAGGCUUGCACAGCGGGACCAAAGGAUGUAAUCUACCGUAAUGAACAUUUUUGUGGACAAGUUCAGCAAAGUCUAAUAAUUUACAAAGUAGACUGUAAAACUGGCGAAUUCGAAACAAUACAGCAUCAUAUAACAAAGAAGCACCAUUAUAUGGCAAUAAAGAUUGACAAUGGUGAUUUACUGAUACGCCUUAAAUUUUCUGUGGGAAAGUAUAUCGGUACGAGGUGUAUCGAGUUACAUAAAAAUGACCGGAAAAAAAUGAUUGACUGGUAAGAGAAUUUGUUCCGGUGAUAGCGCAAUACUGCUAUCCUGAUGACGACCAAG